AGAUGGUGAAGCAGAAGAUGAACCAGUGCAAUGAUGCGCAACGAAAAGAAGAACUGGGUACAGCGUAUGAAACACUGGACAAAGAAGUGAAGAAGAGUGCGCGCAAUGAUGCACACACAUACACAAGCCCUCCGACAAAAGCAGAAGUCCUGAAUACCACGAAGGUGCUGAAAUCCGGGAGAGCAGCAGGACCAGAUGGAAUUCCGCCAGAAGCACUGAAAACAGAUGCAGAGACAACAGUAGCGGACAUGCUGACACCACUACUGCAGAAUGUUACGAAGGAAGGAAGGAAAGGUACAUUCUGAUUGAUUGGAAGAAUGUCUACCUUGUCAAAUUCCCAAAGAAGGGAGACCUAAGCCUUUGCAAG